GUACUAAUGAAAGAUUAAAAUAAAAUAAAAUUAUUCGAUGUAUCUAUGAAGUAGUUAAUCAAUGAUUUCUAUAUAUAAACAUUCGUAGGAUAAAAUUAAUUAUUUACGUAUCUAUAGAGUAGUUAGUCAAUGAUCUCUUGUAAACAUUAGUAGGAUAAAACUAAUCGUUUACGUAUCUAUAGAGUAGUUAGUCAAUGAUCACUUGUAAACAUUCGUAGGAUAAAACUAAUUGUUUACGUAUCUAUAGAGUAGUUUGUCAAUGAUCAAAACUCGGCCAUUGACGAAUUUCUUCGCAGAUCUAGUUGUAUCGUUGACAAACUACUGCGUAGACGUUACGUGAAUUAUUCACAAUAUAUAACUUUUAUAUAUAAAAUCUUUUUAUAGAUUACUAUAUUUGUAUAAUUUACAUUUUUCGACAAGAAGUAACCAAUAAACGAAUGUUGAAUAUAAUAGUGAACUUAACUGGGAAUCUGCCUUAAGAUUGCGUUUGUUCCUGGAAUGUUUGUGAUACACCGUAGAAUAGUAAAUAUCGUUUUUCAUAAAAUUUAUUUGCUUGACAUAAGCUUUACAUUAAAACUUUGAAAGUUUGAUUUAUUUUCAUUUAUUUAUAAAAUACUUGCAGAAAAUUUAUCAUUCCUUGAUAAGCAAUUAAAAUUAUACCGAGGUCUCUUUUGAUAUAAUAUUGUUUAUAAUACUUGUGUGAUUGAUCAAGAUUGAAAUAUAUAUAUUUUUAUAUUAAAUAUUAUUGUGAAUGGAGCAAUUACGUAAGAGAACUCGUGUUGGAAGAAAUAAAGAAAAAAAUAAAGAUGAAAAUACCAAGAAUUAUAAAAAUAUUUCCAAAUCAUGGCAAAAGUUAACCUAUGAUGUAUUGUGUAUUAUUUUUAAAUAUUUAAAUGGUUUGGAUUUGUCUAAUGCAUCACAGGUUUGCAGAUCUUGGUUAGAAGUAGCAAAUAGUGAAAAAAGAACGAGAGGUCCAUCAUGUUUUAUAAGAAGCACGAGAGAAAUGAGAUAUACGUCGUCUAGUUGGGAUGGUGUAAAAAAAGAAAUUAUAGAAUGUUCAACAGUUAAACCUAGUUUAAGUGUUUUUUUUACUGUUGGAAAUGAAGGAUGUCAUUGUGAUUAUUUACCAUCUAAUUGUGACUCCAUAUCAUUGAACACUUAUGGGGUUGUGAUAAAUAAUGCAGAAUCUGAGGAAGACAGUGAAAAUAUUGUAUGCAUGUUUUUUCCGGAGGUACCUAAUAUAAAAAUUUCAACACUUACUUUUAAUGUGUAUGAUUGGAAGAAUUUGAAAGAAACAUAUUGUGAUCAGCUAAAAAGUGAGUUUGAGACUCCUUUCAAUAAUGAUUGUCGUAAGACCAGCUGUUUGAUCUUAUUGUGCGAUUGGAGUGGUCGUUCUAUAGCAUUGAGUCUAUUGAAAUCUUCAAAAAACUGGUUUCCAAAUAAAAGAGCUUCUAUAUGGGGUGGAAUUGCUAAAAAUUUAUCAGUUUGUACUUCUAUAAAUAAUGCUCGUGUAUGUAAAAACAGCGCGAAUUGCGUUGCUAUUAUAAUAAGUGGUAUACAAAUGCGAACAUGUUCUGUACUUUUGGAUGCAAACUGUAAUACUAAAGAAAGGGUUGAAGAUAAAUUAAGGACCUUUAAAGACAGUGUACAGUUGAAAAAACAUUCUAUAGGAUUCAUGUUCGCUUGUUGUGUACGUGGUACGAAUACGUUUAAGGAACGUAAUGUAGAAUCAACUAUAUUUAAAGGAUUUUUUCCAAGAGUGCCAUUAGUUGGAUGUUUUGGUGAUGGAGAAUUUGGAAGAAAACUUUUAAAUGAAACGUGUAAAAGAAAACGUGUUAAAUGGUAUAACUCUGAGUCUACAGCAUUUAUGAUACUCACAUAUAAUUAAAUAUUUAAUGGAAA